AUGAGGAACACGAAUUGGCCCUGUUCAACAUUAACAAUCAAUCAAGGCUAUCAGACGCGGUCCGCGUCAAAGAUCACACUGGAGCCUGCUCCACGUUCUCGGCUGUUGGGUGACCCAAACGAGCUAGACGAGUGCUCAGCACCACCGCGAACCUUUUGGUCGUUUUUGUUCGGUUCUGGUGGUAUGACGAAAUCCGACGAACCGGAUGAUGCAGAUCAGGUAUGUGGUCGGUCUGAUCCUAGUUGUCUUUGGUCAGAGGAAGAUAACAGCCACGUUGCAACCGAAUUUGAAUUAGCGCUGGAUUCGGUCUCCUUGAAGCAGUCAAGCGAACUUGUGGGCCUACACGUGAACAAGACAACCACAACGGAUACGGCCGACUCGUCUGCGUCAAGAUCACUUGAAACAGUAGCCACUGUUCCCUUCCUGAUCUCAGUUGCCUAG